GGAACACCGAGCGGACUAUAAAGGGUUAAUGGUCCGUGCCCCGCGCGCACAGACAGCUCCCUCUCUACCUGCACGAGCACCUGAGUUAUUAACAAGUGAACGGCUUUUCAACAGACAGCAGACUGCAGCUGAGGCAGCAACAAAUCUGAGAACUCUGCAGGAUGGAGCUGAAGCCGGCGGCUCUCCUCCUCGCACUUUGCUGCUGCUGCAGUGCUCAGCGCAUUGACUAUGUAAGUCCACACAGAGGAAGCUUCAAUGGAGCGACACGGCUCACCAUUGUAGGAGACGGUUUCGCCCAGGAGAAUCAGUUCCAGCUGAAUCCAGCCGACGACACGUUUGGCAACCGCGUGACGCUGGUGUCAGACACCCUGUCAGUGCCCUGUGACGUGGAGAGAGACUCCACACACGGCAAACAGGUCAUGUGUUACACCAGAGCCAUGCCAAAGGAUCAGUAUGUGGUCCAUGUCAGUGUGGAUGGUGUUCCCAUUCCUGACAGUAGUAUAUGCAGAGGCGAUUACAAAUCUUACCACUGCAGCUUCUAUACUGUCUGGUAUCGCACACCUUCUAUGGUGAGUCUGGAUCCAGUCAGUGGUCCCCCAGGCACUUUGGUGACAACACGAGGGUUGAUUUUCACGGAUGUGUACGGAAGCAACACUGCUGUGAGCUCCAACGGCCUCAACGUCAGAUUCCUGAGAUCCUACAUGGGAGGGAUGCCAUGCGAGCUGAUUAAACCAAAUUCAGAUGAACUAUAUAAACUACAACUGGACAAUGAAGGAUCCUGGUGGGGAUACAUGAGCUGCAAGAUGACAGGGACGUAUGUUGGGCAUCACAACCUGAGCUACAUUCUUGAUUCUGAGUUUGGAAGGAGUUUGCCAGACAGGAAACUUUACAGGGUCACAACUAUCCCGGACAAGCUCUCCAUGUUUCAGACCUUUGCAGAGGUGACGGGAGUCUCCCCAUCCAAUGGUAGCGUCAUGGGUGGAACCCUGUUGACCAUCCACGGCCGCUUCUUCGACCAAACCGAUCGCCCAGCACGUGUUCUCGUCGGAGGCCUGCCUUGUGAAAUCCAGAGUGUGUCCGAUGAAAGCAUCACGUGCAGGACUGCCAGACAAGACAUGAACAUGAAGAACAUGACAGUCUACCCAGGUGGAAGAGGCAUAAAGACCGAGGUGUGGAACAUCACUAAACCCCGUUACCUGAAUGACAUUUACAACUACAAUGAAAACACAACUGGCUACUGGACAAAUUGGAUCGACUCCCUGCCCUACGUCUUUCCUGACAUUGCUUACUUCAGUGGACGAUCCAAAGGCUUCUUUGUCCCUCCAACCAGCAGCAACUACACCAUUUACCUCAACUGUGAUGACCGAUGCGACCUCUACCUCAGCAACUCCAGCCGCCCAGAAGAUAAGGUUAAAAUUGCAUACCAGCCAUAUUAUGUCAGAGAUUUCACUCAACUGGAGUCACAGAAAUCUGAAGUAAUGGCUCUCGAGGGAGGAAAACCCUACUACUUCGAAAUGCUGUUUCAAGACUAUGGCAGCAAAGCUACCGCCAACAUCGCCCUGUUCAAACCGGAGAGCUCCUUUACAGAGGCCCAGAGUGACGACGCCGUCAAUGAGGUUCAGCUUAUCUUGGCUGCCUAUGAAGUGUUUGAUGAGGAACAGGUGGUCACCUUUGAAAACUUGCCCGGCAGCGUCACGGCGGUCAAAGAGGUCCAGAAGGUUACCGUUAGCAGCGACUGUAGCCAUCUUUGUGCGAGCACCUUCUUCAGCCUGGGCUACGGAGAUGCAAAGACUGGACCACUUCCAGUUAGCGCCUCAGCUGAUCUGGUGGAAGCAGCCUUGAACAGCCUUUGGUCCAUCAAACCCGACACAGUCCAGGUCACCAAACAGGACGAUAGUCAAGGAUCUCACUUCACCGUCACAUUCAAUUCUGUCAGAGGGGACUUCAAACCUCUUCACUAUGAGGCUUCUGGUUCCACCAACAUCACUGUUGUUGAGGUUACAAAGGGGACAAGCGACAUGAAGACGUUCACUCUGUUCUGGGGGGGAAUCCCUACAAAGCCCAUCCCCCUCACUGCAACUGGAAACGAGGUGCAGGCGGCUCUGGAGGCCACGAUGAAGGCCGAGUGUCCCGGUGAGAUCUUGACCACCGAAGGGACCGACGUGAAGUACUUCAAUGACUUUGAAAAUGACAACUCUCAGUUCACUGCUGAAAAAGGGACUCCAGUGAAGAACUCUGGUUUCUGUGGCCAUUGGUCUCUGAAGAACGCUGAGGUCCUUUUCAAGGACAGUUACACCAAAGUGUCUGGUGGCAACUAUGGGCCAAUUUUAUUGGACAAGUUUUCAACGCUUUGCUUUGCAUACAAGGGGAUGUUAAAGAAUGAAAUUGGGAUGAAGUUCACUUACCGCAACACCCAAGGCCAAACCAAGACCGAGACCGCAAAGAUCAUCACUGUCUUCACUAAGAGCCACAUGUGGAGCUACAAAUGCAUGGAUCUGGAGAGUUCCCUGCAGACAGAUUAUUUUGGAAGCACGUACAAUCUGCUGGAGUUUUACCUCUACAAAGACGAGUCCGGUGCAGAUUUCUACGUGGAUGCCGUUCACAUCGGAAAGGCGCCUACCACAAAUGAUGAAUAUGCUGUUCUCCUCAAGCGAAGGCCUCCACCUUUUGAGAGUUUGGGAUUUUCCUUCCAGACGAUCGCCGUUAGCAAUAUCUCAAUAAAUUCUUCAUGGAUCAGAUACGAGAUCAAAGCCACACCAGUAGAAUGUGCCUCUGGCUUCCCAAUGCUCGAAGUUGGCUUCAUGCAGGUGUCCAACAGCAGCGAGGACAUGACUGAGUUCAAGGAAGGGGCAGCCACCGUCACCGUCACUCGCCCUCACAGAGCCACCCCGCCUCUGAACGGCACCUUUGAUGUGGAGAUUUAUGGAGGCCGAGCUGAAGGUCUGUCGGUGGACAUCAGUGAGGAGGACCUGAAGUACGCUCUGGAGGGGAUCGCAGGGAUGGGUCAGGUCAAGGUUGCAAAGCAGGGCACCUGCCGACGCCCCAGGUGGAGGGUCGAGUGGCUCAAUAAACCCGGAGACCAGCCUCUGAUGCAGAUUAACAGCUCGUCGGUUGUCGGUAGAAACGCGGUUGUUUCAGCCCGUGAGAAGACUAAGGGAGGAUUGUUGAUACGAGGCUUAACAGGAGAUUUCUUCCGUUUGUGUGAAACCAAACCACAGGUGGAGGUUAUUAUCAACGGCAUUCCCUCAAAGUGUUCUGGUGACUGUGGGUUUGAAUGGUCCGAGGAAAGGACUCCAGCUGUGACUGGAAUCAGCCCAUCUCAAGGAUCUAAUGGCCUGGGGACUCUUUUGACCGUCACUGGGACUGGCUUCGGCAGUGAAAAUGCCUCCAUCUUUGUGGGACCAGCCAGGUGUCAUGUUGAACAGACCACCGCUACUACCCAGGUGUGCAGACUGGGCAGCGCCAGUGCUGGUACCUACCCUGUGAUUGUCACUUUCCCCUCUCUGGGGAAUUCACGGUACACAGACGACAUCAUACUCAACUUCACCUACCAGCUCAUUGUUUCCUCCGUCGCUCCGCUCUCUGGAAGUGUGGCAGGAGGCACGCUGCUGACAGUGAGCGGUUUCGGCUUCAGCCGGAACGCCACAGUUACAGUCGGCAGUGAGGAGUGCACAGUGAUUCAUGCCAGUGACACCGAGCUGAAAUGCAAAACCCCAGCAGGAACUGCAGGAUCACAGGCGGUCACAGUGACGGUGGGAAGCACGAGUCAGACAGCCAGCAGCACCUUCACCUACGAUAACAACCUCACACCACAGAUCUCAGGCCUGAGUCCUCGCACCACCACUGUGAUCGGACAUCAAAUACUCACCAUCGAGGGUUCCAAUCUGGGAGGACGAGACAAUGACAGCAUGGUGCUUGUAGGCAGAAAGGAGUGUGUCAUUGUGCAGUGGACGGCGACAAACAUCACCUGUCGUCUCCCUGUGCUGCCGCCCGGGCUGCACAAAGUUGAUGUACAGGUUGGAAACAAUGGCUACCCCCAGACAAGCAACGGUGUAAACGCUACCAUUGAGUACGUCCUGGAAAUCUACAGCAUCUCCCCACUGUUCGGCUCUUUGCUGGGAGGAACCAGGCUGACCGUGUCUGGAUCUGGUUUCAGCAACAACAUCUCUGACAACAAAGUCUCCAUCGGAGGAGCUGAGUGCGAAGUGAAGGCCGCCUCAGAGAAUGAGCUGCAGUGUGUUAUGCAGUCGGAGGAGAAGAAGCACACUGUCACCAACCAGGGAUCUCAUCACACUUAUGGACAGGGGUAUGCAUGGAGUCCCGCCUCACUCACGGUGUUUGUUGGAGACACAGUAAUGUGGCGCUGGGAGGCACCGGCCUUCCAGAAUGUCGGGUACCGGGUCUUCAGUGUUCCCAGCCCGAGUGGCAGCGCCUACGAAGGGGGGCCGUUAAACAGUGGAAAUACAAAGACAGCCAAAGGGUUUUUCGGCUACCGCUUCACUUCGCCCGGUGUGUAUUACUACAGCAGCGGCUACAUAGAUGAUGCCAACGCCAGGCUUCUGCAGGGAGUCGUGAAAGUCGAGCCUCGGGAGGAGAAGAGCAGCAUGGUCUCUGUCAGCAUGGGAGGCAUGGAGGCCAGACAUGUUAUAGGAGGUUCACGUCGUGUCUCCAGAGCAGUCCAGGAGUGCGUUGCCUCCUCACAGUGCCAACAGACCAAUAACACUUCAGGUGGUGUUUCCUUCACCACCUCGACCUGCUCCACCCCCACAGUCAGCUCCAUCUCUCCCAACCAGGGGUCAUACCACCAGGUCAUCCACAUUCAGGGCAGUGGCUUCAGUGACAUCGCCUGUGCCAAUGAGGUGACAGUGGGAGAUCAGCCCUGUCAGGUGAUCAACAGCUCCCGCUCUGAGAUCAACUGCCAGCUCAGCUCCAACAGCGGACUCGCCAUCGGCGUCGCUCUUCCCGUAGCCGUCAGAGUCAACAACCUUGGCAGCGCCAUCAUCGCCAUACCAAACGAGCUCGCCCGUCGCUUCGUCGUCCUGCCUGUGGUCAACUCAGCCUCGCCUCCUAUCGGCAGCACCACCGGGCACACGCGCCUCCUCAUCCUCGGCUCUGGUUUCUCUCAAGGACAAGUGACCGCAGCCGCCGAGUUGUGCACUGUUGUGUCGCUCAAUUACACCUCCAUCACCUGUGACACCGCUCCUUCCCAGGCUCACACCGGUGAUGUCGUUUUCCAGGUUGGCAGGAUCCAAAGUUCCUGCCAUUCAAACUGCUCCUUCACGUACUCUUCCUCCGUCACUCCCAACGUCACCAGUAUUUCCCCCGACAGCAUCAGUGAUCUGACCACCAUCAACAUCUCGGGCUCUAGGUUUGGCAGCAGCGUGGACGAUGUGGCAGUGUUUGCCAGCGCCACCGAACUGGAAGUCACCGACGUGACUGACGGCAACAUUUCUGUGAGAGUCAGCCCUCUGCCUGCAGGCGACCACCCCAUCAAAGUGAUCGUGAGAAGUAAAGGCCUCGCGUCCGGUUCCGUCACCCUUACCAGCAGAGCUCAAGCCGUCCUCAACCCCGAUGUUGGCAGCCUGGCAGGAGGCACCCCUCUCGUCUUCACUGGAAACGGCUUCGCUCCCGGGAACACCAGCGUGAUGGUCGACGGCCAACCGUGCAAGAUCCAGGAGGUCCAGCCGGGUCUGCUUCGCUGCCUGACACCUGCUCACAGCGAGGGGCUGGUGACGGUCAACAUCCAGGUCUUUUCAGUGCAGUAUCCACCCUUCAACUUCAACUACUCUGCGGCCCACACUCCUGUCAUCAGCUCCAUCAGCCCCGCUACUGGGCCGAGCGGUUCGGUCAUCACGCUGACGGGUUCAGGAUUUGGCACCGACUCUCAGCAGGUCUCCGUCUCCAUAAAUCAUGUCCCCUGCAAUGUGUCCGCGGUGUCGGACACGCAGGUUCAGUGCACGGCGGGGGACAAUCCAGGCGGGGCAUACGCAGUCGUGCUGCAUCACCAGGUCAAAGGUCGCGCCCAGUCAGAUGUCGAGUUCACGUACGAACUGACCCUGAGCAGUGUGCAGCCCAACGAAGGCAGUUUCGGUGGCGGUGCUCUGCUGUCCGUGCAGGGUUCUGGCUUCGACCCACACAACUCCACCGUGAAGAUCUGCGGGGAGGAGUGUGAAGUUCACAGAGAAAUGUCGACAUCGAGCCGCCUGUACUGCCAGUCUCCGUUCAACAACAGCACUCAGUCAGAGCUGAGCUGCGUCGUCGCUGUCAUUAACCAGCUGGACGCCGUAAACGUAUCGAAUGGUUUCACCUACAAAUCUCAGCUGACUCCGGUGAUCACCGAGGUUUCUCCGCGCAGAGGAGGCACCGCUGGAGGCACCCGGCUCACAAUCACCGGCUCCGGUUUCAGCACCAACAUGAACGAAGUCAACGUGACCGUGGCAGGAUCUGUGUGUGACGUUCAGUCCACCAACAACACACACAUCAUCUGUGUGACGAACUCUCAGCGCCAGUCGCAGGAAACCAAAGUCAGAGUCAGCAUCGGAGACCGAGGCAUCGCCAAAAUGGAUAAUGCAGAUUUCUUCUACAUCGACGUGUGGUCGUCCAGGUUCACGUGGGGCGGUCUGUCUCCACCUGAGAGGGGCUCGUUUGCUGUCAUCACUAAAGGCCAGACCAUCCUGCUGGACACCAGCACCCCUGUGCUGAAAAUGCUCCUCAUUCAAGGGGGGACGUUGAUGUUUGAUGAAGCGGACAUCGAGCUCCAGGCAGAAAACAUCCUGAUCACAGACGGCGGACGACUUCAGAUCGGCCAAGAGGGGGCGCCGUUCCAGCACAAAGCCAUCAUCACGCUUCACGGAAACCUGCGUUCGCCCGAACUUCCCGUUUACGGAACCAAGACGUUGGCCGUCAGAGAGGGAGUGCUGGACCUGCAUGGUAUUCCUGUUCCUGUCCCCUGGACACACUUGGCCCAGACUGCGACAUCAGGCUCAUCCACACUGACCCUGAUGAAGGCGGUGACGUGGAAAGCUGGACAUGAAAUUAUCAUUGCUUCUACCGGCGACAGGCACAGUCAGAAAGAGAACGAGGUGAAGAAGAUCGCCACCGUGUCGGCCGACGGCAAGACUCUAACUCUGACCGAACCGCUCAAAUACACUCACCUCGGGGUGAGCGUCACGCUGCCUGAUGGCACCGUGUUUCAGGGCCGAGCCGAGGUGGGUCUCCUCACCAGGAACAUCGUGGUACGAGGCUCUCAAAACCAAGAAUGGAACGAUAAGAUCGAGGCCUGCCCCGAUGGAUUUAACACAGGUGAAUUCACCACACAAACCUGUUUCCAGGGAAGGUUUGGAGAGGAGGUUGGCAGUGAUCAGUUCGGAGGCUGCAUCAUGUUCCAUGCACCCAGACCAAAUGAGAAUCUUGCGAUUGGCAGACUCGAAUAUGUCGAGGUUUUCCAUGCAGGACAGGCCUUCAGGUUGGGACGUUAUCCCAUUCACUGGCAUCUGAUGGGAGACAUCAACUACAAGUCAUAUGUGAGGGGUUGUGCUAUCCAUCAGACCUUCAACAGGGCCGUAACCAUCCACAACACCCACCGGCUGCUGGUGGAGCACAACGUCAUCUACAACAUCAUGGGUGGAGCUUUCUUCAUUGAGGACGGCAUUGAGACGCAGAACAUCCUGCAGUAUAACCUGGCUGUGUUCGUCAAACAAAGCACCAGUCUACUGAACGACGACGUCACUCCCGCCGCCUACUGGGUCACCAAUCCCAACAACAUCGUCCGCCAUAACGCCGCAGCGGGAGGCACCCACUUCGGCUUCUGGUACCGUAUGCACAAGCACCCCGAUGGCCCAUCCUUUGAUGGAAAUAUCUGCCAGAAGAGGGUUCCCCUGGGCGAGUUUUACAACAACACCGUGCACUCUCAGGGCUGGUUCGGCCUGUGGAUCUUCGCAGACUAUUUCCCCAUGAAAAACGGAGGCUGCCGCUCCCAAACCCCCGAGCCUGCUGUCUUCCGCUUCCUCACCACCUGGAACUGCGAGAAAGGUGCCGAGUGGGUCAACGUGGGCGCGGUGCAGUUCACUGACUUCGUUAUGGUCAACAAUGAGAAAGCCGGCAUCGAAGCCAAACGCAUCAUGCAGUGGGCCGUGAGCAACUUCGGAGAGAUCGGAGGGGCGACCAUGUCCAACGGCACCAUGGUGGGUCACGUGAAGGAGCUUGGACUGGGAGAUGAUUAUUGCACUCAUCGAGGUAUCAUCGCACCAAUGGACGAUGGCCUGAGUGUCCUCAACACCAAGUUCAUCAACUUCAACCACAGCUCUUGCGCUGCCAUCGGGGUGGCCAAAAUCGAUGGGACGUGUGUAGAACGUUGCGGUGGCUGGGCUGUGAAGUUCAGCGGUGUCCAGUACUUCAACUCACCCAACAAGGCCGGCUUCAGGUGGGAGCAUGAGGUGCAGCUGGUGGACACUGAUGGAUCCCUCACAGGAAACAUCAAUCACAAAGUCGUGCCAAAGAGCGGCUUGCUGGACCCUGCUCACUGUUCCCAGAGUGCCGAGUGGAGCGUGGGUUUCCCCGGCGCUGUGUGCGAUCAGACGGUGGAAUUCAAUCGUCUGGCAUUAAACAAUCCAUCACCGUCUUCUCUCGCGGGCAAGGACAUCAUCUUAACCAACUCACAUGGCAGCAGUGCGGUUCCAUACCUGAAGAAAAGAAUCACUCAUAAAUUAGGCUGGAUGGCCCUGCUGCCCUCGAGACAAACAUACAACUGGUACUUUAACGACAUGGACCACAUCACCAACAUCACAUACGCUGCCAAAUUCUACGGCUUCAAGUCAGAUCAGUACGUGAUCAUCAGACACAACUUCACUCAGAGUCCAGACAGAUUCCGUAUCAUCGAUGAGAGGAACGGCUCGUCGACGCCGCUGAGCUUCAGCAGUAACAAGAACGGAGACUGGUACUUCGACGACAGCACCAACGACCUCUACUACAUCAUUUCUGGGAAGUCCAGCCAGCGCCGGCGUCGUAGCAGCGUGGACCGCUCCCUGCUUGACUCCGCUGUGAACAUGAAGGUCUACCGCUGCUUCUACCCACAGUGCAUCCCACCAACACCGCCACCUCCAGCCACACUUGCCCCCUUACCCACCGGCCGGCCUGCUGACUUCAUUCGGUGGUCUAAUGCAUCUUUCUGGACCAGUUCAGCUGAAAAUAACUUUACUCAACCAACAGAGGGCGCUGAUGUGGUCAUCCCAUCAGGGAAGUGGGUCGUUUUGGACAGUGACACUCCUCCUCUCAACAAGCUGACAGUCAUUGGAGUUCUUGAGAUCCCCAACAACAUGACCAGCACGUCCAGCAGACAGACUCGGUCUACAUCUUCUCGGGUGUUAGACGCUGUCUACAUCUCCAUCCAGGGCGGCAGGCUGUUUGUAGGACGGGAGGACGAGCCGUUCAGAGGUCAGCUGCACAUCAAACUGAGAGGAAACCACCGUACGCCCGACUGGCCUCUGCCCAGCGGACCCAACCAGGGAUCCAAAGUCCUGGGUGUGUUUGGUACUCUGGAGCUCUACGGACAACCUCCCAACGUUUACCACACCAAGCUGUCGGCCACCGCUGCAGCCGCAUCCAACACUCUGACCCUGGCACAGUCUGUGGACUGGAAGGUUGGAGAUGAGGUCGCCGUCUCCACCACCAGCUACAGCGCAUGGGAGACAGAAAAACGCCAGAUCACCGCCGUGUCAUCAGACGGCCGCGUCCUGACCCUGAACCAGCCUUUGACUUACACUCACAUCGGUGAGACUCACUCUGUCUCAGGUACAUCGCGGUCUUACACUCUGGCAGCCAGUGUCGCUCUUCUGACCCGAAACAUUAAGAUCAUCGGUCAGGAGUAUCCGGAGAUGAUGCAGGAGUCGUUCGGAGCCAGACUUUUGGUGGGCAGCUACUCCUGGGCUGGAAUCGACUAUAAAGGCAAAGCUCACAUCAGGAACGUGGAGUUCUUCCACUCUGGUCAGGAAGGCUGGACCGAUGACACCGACCCACGUUACUCUGUGGCCUUCCUCAAUCUGGGAAUGGUUUCAGGAGAAGACUCGUCCAUUCAGGGUUGUGCUUUCCACGACGGCUUCUCUCCAGCCAUCGGAGUCUUCGGGACAGAGGGCCUGAACGUCGACGAUAACGUCGUCCACCACACAGUGGGAGAAGGUAUCAGAAUUUGGGGCAACAAGAUAAAAGUGAGGAGGAACCUGGUGAUGAUGGCGCUGUGGCCUGGAUCGUAUCAGGACCGAGAGGAGCCCUUCAACUACGACUGGAACGCUGCCAUCGAGGUCAAUGAGGGGACAAAUGUUGUGCUGCAGCAUAACAUUGUGGCAGGUUAUGAGAGAGUCGCUUACCGCAUCGAUGGUGAGCCGUGUCCAGGUUUUGUGAAUCAGAACGAGCAGUGGAUUCAGAACGAGGCUCACGGCGGACUGUACGGAAUCUUUCUGAACAAAGACGGCCUGCCCGGCUGCAGUCUCAUCCAGGGCUUCUUCAUCUGGAGGAGCUUUGACUACGGCAUCUAUUUCCAGACCAGCAUGAGUGUGAUUAUUGCCAAUAUGACCAUGGUGGACAACAAGAUGAGCAUCAUGUCUUUGAUUUACGGUCCUCCUUCUCUCGCCCACUUAUACGCAGACAAAACGGUUCAUAUUCAGAAUGCCUUGUUUGUUGGCACCAGCCCGAACUUCAACUGUUCGGACACUUUGCCCUCCAGUGAUUUCAACAUUAUCAACAGCGCAGAGCAUCGUGCUCCAAGACCUCCCAUGGGUGGCCGAUCUGCAAUCUGCUGGCCAACUUUUGAAUCUACACACAAUGCCGGUCCACAAAUGGCAUUUCCUGGGACCACCAGCUACAACGCCAUCGCAGGAUUGAUGAUAGUCAAAGAUGUGACAUUCGCCGGCUUCCGAAACGUCUGCUCCAGCGAGACGAACUUCAUGUUCAUGACAAACCCGAAGAACGAGGACCUGCAGCACCCUGUGCACGUUUCAAGGAUGACAGUGGUGGACAGCACAGAGGGGGCCAAAGUCUUCAUCCACAGGCCUGAUGUGAGUAAAGCCAACCCAUCCGACUGUGUGGACAUGGACUGCGAUGCGAAGAAGAAGACAAUGUUGAAGGACUUGGACGGUUCGUUCCUGGGUGCAGUGGGAACUGUGGUGCCCCAGUCUGAGUACGAGUGGGGAGGAGAUCCCAGGAGGGGGCUGGGUGACUACCGCAUCCCCACAGUCAUGCUCACUUACCCCAACAGCAGCCGCAUCCCCGUGGACCAGAUCGCUCCAAACAAAGGUGUGAUCAGGAAAGACUGCACUUACAUGAGCUCCUGGCAGAGCUACAAGUGUUUCCAGCUCAACUACACAAUGCUGGUGAUCGAGAGUCUCGACGCUGACACUGAGACCAGACGUCUGUCCCCCGUCGCUAUCCUCGGAAACAAAUUUGUGGACCUGAUCAACGGUCCUCAGGAUCAUGGUUGGUGUGCAGGCUACACCUGCCAGAAGAGAGUGUCUCUCUUCCACAGCAUCGUGGCUACUGGACACUCCUACGACGUCUUCUUCUCCAGCGUCAGCCCGCAGAAACUUCGCCUCAUGAUGCUGGACACUGCUCAGUCUGAGAGCGUCGUGGUGUCAGUCUUCUAUUCGAAGCCGCAGCGGUUGGAUGUGUACGUCGACAACAAGCUGGUCGCUCCGACUAACGCUGAGUGGAACUCUGACAAGACUGACUACACCCUGAAGAAGCCCGUCUCUGCAGAUCAAUACUUCCCCAAACUCAGUGCCGAUUUGGGAAGCAAUUACUUCGACCCAGACUACAAGAUGCUGAAGGUCCUGGUGAGAGGCUCCAAACCGGUGGAGAUCCGGACUUCCCCGGUUCUCUUCCUCUCCUUCGAGCUGCCUGCCAUGACUGAGGAGGACUUCUUUGGAGAUAACCUGGUCCAGAACCUCGCUACUUUCCUCAAAGUUCCCGCCGACAUGAUUAGAAUCACCAAGAUAGUCCGGGAGGAUGGAGGAGCACGACGCAGGAAGAGAUCCACGGGCCUGACGGUGGAGGUGGAGAUCAAGAAACCUCCAGUCCAGCAAACCAGCAACAGCACCAGCAAUGAUGAUGACUUCACGCUUCUGAAGAACAUCGCUGAUGAUCUGGGUCAGGCAGCCAUUUCCGGAAACCUCAGUCAGUCCAUCGGCUUCAACGUGUCUUCAAUGGGUGUCAUCCCUCCACCGCCUUCAUCAUCUGACCCCAGCUGGAACGAGGAGGCCACAGCAGAAGUGACGAGGGAGGAGCCUAAAACCAGCUACGUGUCGAGCGUUUCCAGCAUGCUGCUGAUGGUGGAGCCCAUAGCCGGAGAGUUUGUGGGUCCCCUGUACCAGCAGCCCAGGCUCAUGGCUGUGGAUGAGAAGGGAGACUGUGUCUCUGUGGGAGUGACGACUCUCACCGUAACAGCCAGCCUGAAGGACUCCGGUGGGAACAGUGUAGGCGGACUGGAAGGAAACACCACCAUCCUGUUCAGCACCUGCUGGGCAAACUUCACCGACCUGUCCAUUCUCAACAGCGGCGAGAACCUGACCAUGGUCUUCACGCUGAAGGAUUGGGGCGCUCAGUCGCGCAGCUUCUCCGUCAAAAGCACUCCAACCACCCAGACCCCGACGACCGGUGGCAACACCACCUCGUCCACCGGGUCCACCGGGUCCACCUCGUCCACGAGCGAGCCGCAGACCACCACCGACGGGAGCAUCUUUGGCUCCAGCACCAUCGUGGCUCCCGGCAGCCUGUGUCUGAUCAGCGUUAUCUACGCUAUCGCCUGCUGCUCAGAUGGCAUCUCUGUGUGCUAGACAGAUCUGUGACACUAAGAGGGGUUAAUGAAGGAUACCUCAGCUUCUCACUUUAACACGUCUGCUAAAUAAAACAAACUUAAACUCCAGCUUGAAGAUAUUAUGCACAUGGGUGUUUUUUUUCUUGUUAAUGUUUGUUUCAUGUGAUUACACGGUCAGUGUGAGACCCAUAUAAACUUUCUAUUAUAAAACAGGUGCAAUAGGGCUUAACUUGAAUCUGUACCGAGAUGAAGGAAGACAGGAAGAGGUGUGUGUUUUAUUGAUGGUUGUUUGAAACUAUAUUCUCUUUUCAAUAAAUUCUAUUUUUCACUGUUAAACAC